UCUUUACCCAGAAAGUGGUGAGCUACUAUCGGUUGGCAAGUGGACAAGAAUUAAUAUCCUGUCCAUAAAAUAUGCAAAGUAUAUUGUUAUGUACAGUGUGUGAACAGUUUUGAAGAGCGAUCUAAUCCGGAUAUUGAUGUGGUUUACUGAUGUAGUCCUUUUUGUUUUAACAACAAAAAACACACAAUAUACUUGGUUGUGGCAAAUGGUGAUUUGUAAAAAAAAGAUAUGCAUUCUUAAAGACGGAAAUGCCUCUUUAAAAGAGGGAUUGCUGGCGAGAGCAGCCGCCUUGGAAAUCCCUGAUGUCAACAAACCGCCCACUUGUAUCAGUAUGUCGAAGAUGGCAGCCCGCUGCCCCAGCGAUCUGUUCAAGGCAGGGUUUUUGCCAGAACAUUGGCUCGCGAGAAAUUCUCACCUGCCCGUCCGAGAAGCCGCCGGGACCGUCGUCAGCAGCGAGGUACAAUUAUAAAAGAAAGCAGUUUCCUGAUGACGGCCUACUAUGGAUUCUUACAACUUCUUCGAAGAAGAUAUCAGUAUUCUGGAGCAGGAGGGACUCCACGAUGAGGAGCUCUGGGUGGAGACGCCCAACACUGACCUUACAGGAGAGGAACACUCCGCGUCCCACUUUGCACUGAUCACCGCCUACAACGAUAUCAAGCAGAGGUUGAUCGGGAUGGAACGGGACAACUCCACUUUGAAGAGGAAGCUCCGACAGUACGAUCUCAAGUUUUCCUUCUCCAACGAAUGUGCAGAUGAUCGGAAAUCACCUCAAGGCCUGCUCGAUGUCACCUUGCUUCGCAACGAGAACAGGCGUCUGAGGGAACAGCUGGAGCAUCUCCGGAAUCAGCUUCAAGACAGCAAAGAGAGAGAGGACCACCUGGACGAGGUUAUUCAAGCGUACGAAAAGCUAAGUGUGGAGAAAGAAGACCUCAGUCACCAGCUUGAGGAAAUGACAGUCCUGGUGGAAGAUCACGUGUCAACGAUUCGGAGGCUGGAGCAGGCUCUGCGGCUGCGGGACAAUUCCGUUCAGAUACUCAGCGACCAACUGCAGGCGAAGGAUGAGCGGAUCGUACAGCUGAGCCCGCUGCCGGGUAGUCCGCACGCGCUGGAGAGCCCGCGCCGGCGGCAGAGUUUGCAGACCCUGGGGCGUCAGCUGGACGAGCAGGAGGUGCAGCUGCUGCAGGACCAGGUGGACGAGCUACAGCGGAAACUGCGCAACUGCCAGUGGCGGGAGGGGCAGUACAAGGAGGAAUGCGACCGUCUGCAGUCGCAGCUGAGCCAGCACAGUCUGCAGGAAAGCUGCCCAACGGAGCUGACCUGUGACCCCCAUGACAUGGAGUGGAUAAAGAUCACCGAGGAAGAGCAGCAAAGGCUGUUGCUGGCCUACAGCAAGUUGGCCCAGGAGUUCUGCCGUCUCCGUAGCCUGACAGAAGCCCAGACCGAGAUCCUCACACGACUCUCUGAGGAACAGUCAACGAAUAACGCCCACCCCCAAUCCUCAGCUUACAUGAAGCAAGAAGCCUACUCCAGCUACCCCAGGAGCUCAAGGCAUCUUCUCCGAAGCAGCUUCCGGGGCCGUCGGAGUUAUUCCGAGAUCAGCGAUGCGAACGUGUACCGCCACACGAUGCCGGCGGGGCAGCAGGAGGAGGAGGAGACCUCGCCCAGGCUCGGGCAGUACCACCCCAGCGAUUACCUCAAGGUGCCGGACAGCACGGACGAUGGGCCGUACGACGGGCAGCUGGAGUCGGACGAGGAGGACUGGAUGACCCACAGCCCGCCCGGCACGUUGGACAGGGGAAUGAGGAGCACCUCGUCCUGCACCGCCCUCCCCAUCCCCGACAGUUCCAGCGGCAGGAAUUCCACCGAAUACUCCAAGUCGGAACACGCUCAGUCCUGGCCUUCCAUCAACCUCUGGAUGGAGACGGGAGACUCGGACAUGAGGAGCUGUCCACUGUGCCAGUUGGCCUUCCCCAUCAAUUAUCCAGACGAUGCCCUGAUAAAACACAUCGACACCCACCUGGAAAACAGCAAGAUCUGACUGAUACUCUCCGUGCUGAACCGCAGGACUGAAGCACGCUAGGCAGCAAAGCAAAGGCUCUCGAAAGAUGACCCAAGACAACCAACGUCACCCAAAGCAACGCACCAUCUAAUUCUCUACCUGGCUGAUGUCUUUUGUUACAGCUGCGGGGGCAGCGGCCUGGGUAGGACCGGUGGUGGAGCACGAGAUUGAGGAAUGCAGGUUAAUGAUCAAUGAACAUAACGUUGAGUGAUUGGGAGGAGGAUUGCAAGUUAUUGAUCGGCAAGAGUUCAGUAGGACAAACGAUAUGUCUUCCAGUAGAAUCAGUUUACUUCCAAAAGCUAAAUACUUGAACAUUGGUAGGCGGGGAACUUAGCUGUGCUGAAUGGGAGAUCACACAAUGGGAAGGGUUAGGAAAAUGGAUGUUAAACUGUCAACCCGUUCUUUAAUGGAAUAAACUGAGUUAGUAGAACACACCAUGGGAUCCUGUGGAGAUAACCACAUCAAUAUUGUGUAAGAAAGAACUGCAGAUGCUGGUCGAAACUGAAGAUAGACACAAAAACAAGUUGGAGUAAGCUUUUUUUGUGUCUACCACAUCAGUGUGGUUAGCUUCCAGUUGGAGAAGAUAACUAACUACUUUCGGUGAGUAGUGAGAUGCAGAAACUGAUCCCUGGCAUGGCAUUCAAAGGAUGCAGGUUGAGCUGGGCUUUCCACCAAUGUAACUUUAGAGCCCAUCGCUCAUCUCAUUGCAAAUUCUAUUUACUGUAAGAUAUUACACAUCUUAAUGUAGCACAGUAGAAGAAGAAAACUAAUUUGACAUUAAUAUUGGCAGUCACUUGAACCUAAGUCAUGUAGCAUCAUUGCACGCAUGCCUUCCAUUCACAUUUCGUCGUACUUAAAACAUUUAUGCUGGCCAGUGUAUUUUGAGUGUUGUGCGUUACCUCAGCCCUGCUCAAUGCAACGGAUAUUCCACAUAUCCCGAGUUUACACUUGUACACGGCCGCAUACUCAUAUGCACCCAUGCACCCAUGCACCCAUGCACAAGGGCAUUCUCACACACAAUACACUCACACACACACACACACGCAGGCAAACUCACUGAUAAUGAAUUGUUCUAACAGGUCAUCACUUGCAGUAUAUUGAAUACCCAUUGAUCCAAAGAUCCUAGUGAUUGACUACAGGGAAGGAGAUUCUAAUACUAGGAUUUGUACUGGGCGCGAUCUCAAAGAGAUCAUGAAAUUUUAUAUUCUCUGUGUAUGUGUGUAUAUGAAAUAAAAAUCUAACACCUGC